CAUGUUUCUCCUCAUCAUUCCUGAAACACACUCAGCGGCGGCGGGCAGAUGAGAGAGAAUCACCCCGUCACUCCGCAUCCACACCACCACUACCACCACCACCACCACCACCAACAACACCAUCCUCCUCAUCUUCACCCCAUCACCAUCACCAUCAUCAUCAUCUGACGGACUUCAUCCCACUGGCAGGACUUACUUUUUGAGGAAAUAUUCAAGGGAAAAGGACUGAGGAAAACUUAAGUGACACUCAAUCGGUGCCUUUGGAGAACUUCGCUAAACUCACUUUUUUUUUUGCGGAUAUAAACACAACUUAUCUAUCUUUUCCAAACAUGUAAUGCCUAAAUAUCACAUUUGGGGGGCGUGUCAUGUUAUUUCUGUUGGUUUUGAGAAGAAUUCUCUUUGAGGACGAGCUAAAAUCGGUUAGCCUGCUAGCCGAACGUCUUUAUUAGCCGGAUCAUUAGCAUCAGUUAUUUUAACCCGUUAAAGUUGAACAAACUGAGGAUCUUUUAAACUUUAUAUACUUGACAUGGUUUGACACUAGUAUUAGUUAAUAUUAAUACACGAUUUUUGUAUUUAUAUGAGAAAAAAACACUUAAGAUACAUUGUGGUCCGAGAAUGUUGUUAGCUGGUUAGCUUGAGUAGCUACAGAAAAGGCACUUAAAUAUGUGUAAAUUAAUAUUUACAAAACGCAAGAUAUAAAUUACUGUUUUACACAGAAGGUCAAGGACUUUUUUUUGAUAAAUGCUUAAAUUGUCUUUUCCCAUCUCAUUUGCUGGUUUGUUUAUUUUUCACUGAGUAUAUUAAAAGAUGUAGUGACAAGUUUUAUUUGUGUAUGAAAUUAAAAUUAGUUUUGAGUUUACUGCAGUUUUGUAACUGCAUUUUACUGUGAUGAUGGGUGGGUUAUUUAUAUAGCUAUUUACAGAUCCCAUCCAAAGAAUAUCCGCAUCGAUUUUAAUAACUUUACACUACAUUUUUUGGACUGACAUUCGUUUUGAACCAUGUCUGGAGAAGUGCGUUUGAAAAAGCUGGAAAAACUGAUCCUGGAUGGUCCUGUUCAGUCUAAUGGACAGAGUUUUAGUGUUGAAACUCUUCUGGAUGUUCUCAUCUCCCUUUAUGAUGAGUGCAUCAAUUCCCCACUCAGAAGAGAGAAGAACAUUGCUGAGUUUUUGGAAUGGGCCAAACCGUUUACCUCUAAAGUGAAACAGAUGCGAUUGCACAAAGAGGACUUCGAGAUACUGAAGGUCAUUGGUCGAGGAGCUUUCGGUGAGGUAGCAGUUGUAAAGGUGAAGAGUUCAGACAAGGUGUUUGCCAUGAAGAUCCUCAACAAGUGGGAGAUGCUGAAAAGAGCAGAGACAGCGUGUUUCCGGGAGGAACGGGACGUGCUGGUGAAUGGGGAUAGUCAGUGGAUCACCACGCUGCAUUACGCCUUUCAGGAUGACAACUUCCUGUACCUGGUGAUGGAUUACUACGUGGGUGGUGACCUCUUGACUCUUCUCAGCAAGUUCGAGGACCGUUUACCAGAGGACAUGGCCCGAUUCUACCUGGCGGAGAUGGUUCUGGCGAUCGAUUCUGUACAUCAGCUGCACUAUGUUCACAGAGACAUCAAGCCAGAUAACAUUCUUAUGGAUGUGAAUGGACACAUUCGACUUGCAGAUUUCGGCUCCUGUCUUAAACUCAGGGAGGAUGGAACGAUAGCUCGGCAGGAUAUCCCACCGACUUCUGACAAGAGCAGCGUGCAGUCGUCUGUCGCUGUGGGCACUCCAGACUACAUCUCUCCUGAGAUCCUGCAGGCUAUGGAGGAUGGGAAAGGGAAAUAUGGCCCGGAAUGUGACUGGUGGUCACUGGGUGUCUGCAUGUAUGAGAUGCUGUACGGGGAAACUCCUUUCUAUGCAGAGUCCCUGGUGGAAACGUACGGCAAGAUUAUGAACCACAAGGAGCGGUUCCAGUUCCCUGCCCAUGUGACAGACGUCUCGGAAAAUGCCAAAGACCUGAUCCGCAGACUCAUCUGCUCCAGAGAGCACAGGCUGGGUCAGAACGGCAUUGUGGACUUCAAACAGCACCCCUUCUUUUCUGGCAUUGACUGGCAGAACAUCCGCAACUGUGACGCCCCCUACAUCCCUGAAGUCAGCAGCCCGUCUGACACGUCAAACUUUGAUGUGGAUGAUGACUGCCUCAAGAACACAGUAGAGACAAUGCCGCCUCCUUCUCACACCGCCUUCUCAGGACACCAUCUCCCAUUUGUAGGUUUCACCUACACAAGUAACUGUACGCUGUCUGACCGCGGUUGCCUGCGGGAGUCUGCGGCACCUACGCAGAUGGACAUGGGUGUGCAGCGCGGCCUGGAGGACAGUCUGGCUACUGAGGCAUAUGAACGGAGGAUCCGCCGUCUGGAGCAGGAAAAACUGGAGCUCAGUCGCAAACUACAAGAGGCCACAAAAACGGUUCAAGCUCUGCAGUACUCCAGCGGGGACGGGCCCAUUUCCUCCAACAGAGAGUUUGAGAUCCGUGGACUGAAGGAGGAGAUAGAAAUGCUAAGGAAACAAAUCGCAGAUACAGGACAGGUGGAGCAGCAGUUAGAACAGGCCACUUCUGCCCGCAGGGAUCUGGAAGACUCCUCUAAACAGAUCCGAUCUCUAGAGAAACAGCUCAAGAGCAUGAAGCAGGAAAGAGAUGACCUGCAGAAGGGCCUGCAGGACUCCUUAGAGAAGCUGAAAACUCAGGGGAAGGAGCUGAAAGAGGCGGACAGCCAGAGGAAAAUGGCCAUGCAGGAGUUUGCCGAAGUGAGCGAGAAGGUGACGGAGCUGCGGUCACAGAAGCAACGACUCUCCAGACAGCUUCGGGACAAAGAGGAGGAGAUGGAUUCCCUCAAUCAGAAGGUGGAAGCACUUCGGCUGGAUGUGCGCAAAGCCGAGAGGGCCAAGAAAGAGAUGGAGGCCCAGGCUGAAGAGUGGUCUGCUGAGUCUCAGAAAGAGAAGAAGUUGAGGGAACGCAGUGAGCAGUACAGCAGACAGCUGGAAGAAGAGCUGGAGGGAAUGAAGCAGCAGAAGCAGGUGGGCCGUUCUCCAAGCGUUGGGACCUCUGAGCAGCACCAAGAGCUCAGUAAAUUACGAGCAGACCUGGAGAAGAAGACUGUGUUCUAUGAGGAAGAGCUGUCACGCAGGGAACUACAACAUGCCAACGAACUGAAGAACUUGAAGAAGAAGCUGCGAGAAGCUGAGGGACAGCAGCUCACCUUGAAGAAAGAGAUCAUGAUGCUCAAAGACAAGCUUGAGAAGACCCGCAGAGACAGUCAGAGUGAACGAGAGGAGUUUGAGACCGAGUACAAACAAAAGUACGAGAGAGAGCGAGUGCUGCUGUCAGAGGAGAACAAGAAACUUUCCAGUGAACUUGACAAGGUGAUGUCUUCGUUUGAGAAGUUGAGCAGCAGUAACAAACAGCUGGAGGAGGAGAUGAGAGAACUGGCUGAUAAGAAAGAAAGUGUGGCUCACUGGGAAGCUCAGAUCACAGAAAUCAUUCAAUGGGUCAGUGAUGAGAAAGAUGCUCGAGGAUAUUUGCAGGCUUUGGCUACUAAGAUGACAGAAGAACUGGAAGGCCUGAAGAACACCAGUCUGGGUGCACGUGCUACUGACAUGCCAUGGAAGAUGAGACGUUUGGCUAAGCUGGACAUGUCUGCCCGUCUGGAGCUGCAGUCUGCACUGGAUGCCGAGAUUAGAGCCAAACAAACCAUCCAGGAUGAGCUCAACAAAGUCAAGGCGUCCCAUAUGGACACUGAGUGCAAGCUGGAGGAGUUGGAAAAGACGAACCAGGACCUGCAGGCAGAGAUCCAGAGGCUGAAACAGGAAACUGAGAAUUUGCGAUUGUCUAAAGGGGUCAAGCACCAAGACUCCCAGAAUUCCUUCCUGGCUUUCCUCAAUGCUCCGACCUCCGCCCUGGAUCAGUUUGAUCGCUCCACUGCCUGUGGGCCAGCCGCCAAAGGCAGACGUAUUGAUUCUAUUGAUAACUUCAGCCUGUCCAACACACCAUCCCGGGAGGAAGAUGGAAGAUCCCAGGUCACGUCACACUCUCGCUCACCUUCAACUACCAGCGAUACAGAGUCUCACGAGCAGGUAGAUCAGCCACAAAGAGGUGCACAAACUCCCAUUCGAUCAGGAUACAGUAGCUCUGGUCACAGCACACCUAAACCAAAGGCCCAUCAAUUUGUGGUGAAGACCUUCAAUACACCCACUAAGUGUAACCAGUGUACGUCUUUAAUGGUGGGAAUAAUUCGACAGGGCUGUACGUGUGAAGUCUGUAAUUUCUCCUGUCAUGUGACGUGUGCGGACAAAGCUCCUGCUGUAUGCCCGAUCCCACCGGAUCAAACCAAAGGACCGCUGGGUAUCGACCCCCAGAAAGGCAUCGGCACAGCUUAUGAGGGCCACGUCAAGGUGCCUAAACCGUUGGGAGUGAAGAAGGGGUGGCAGAGGGCCAUUGCUGUGAUCUGUGACUUCAAACUCUUCUUAUAUGAUCUCCCAGAGGGCAAAGCUGCUCAGCCUGGUGUCACGGUGAACCAGGUUAUUGACAUGAGGGACGAGGAAUUUUCAGUUAACCAAGUUUUGGCAUCAGAUGUCAUUCAUGCGAACAGGAAGGACAUUCCCUGUAUCUUCAGGGUGACAGCAUCACAGCUCUCCUCAUCCAGCAAUAAAAAAUGCUCCAUCUUGAUCCUGGCUGACAGCGAUCAGGAAAAAACCAAGUGGGUUGGCCUGCUGAGCGAGUUGCACCGCCUCUUGAAGAAGAGCAAACUUAAAGAGCGCUUUGUUUACGUCCCUAAAGAGGCGUAUGACAGCACACUGCCUCUCAUCAAAACCACACAGUCUGCUGCUAUUAUAGAUCAUGAGAGGAUAGCCCUGGGCAAUGAGGAAGGGCUGUUCGUUAUUCACGUUACCAAAGAUGAGAUUAUCAAGGUAGGAGAUAAGAAGGUCCAUCAGAUUGAGCUGAUCCCAUCAGAACAGUUGAUUGCCUUGAUUUCGGGUCGAAAUGGCCACGUGCGACUCUACCCAAUGACGGCCCUGGAUGACCGCGAUGGCGAAUUCUACAAGAUAGCGGAGACCAAAGGCUGCCAAACUCUGGUUUCAGGCACUAUCAGAUCUCUCACAUGCCUUUUUGUUGCCAUGAAAAAAUCUGACAAGGUGAUCAUAUACGAGCUUAAUAAGAGCAAAACACGCCAUCGGAAGCUGCGGGAUAUCAUCGUCCCAGCAUCCGUGCAGUGGAUGGGUCUUCAGGGUGACAAGCUUUGCGUGGGCUUCCAGUCCGGGUUCCUGCGCUACAGUCUUCAGGGGGAUGGAGCUAUCAAUAGCCUACUUCACUCUGACGAUCACACCCUGGCCUUCAUCGACCAGCUGAGCCUGGAUGCUCUCUGUCUCGUAGAGAUCUCCAGUAAAGAGCUGCUCUUGUGCUUUAGCAGUAUUGGUGUGUAUGUGGACUGCCAGGGCAGACGUUCACGACAACAGGAACUGAUGUGGCCGGCGAAACCCACCACAUGCCGUUAUAAUGCACCUUAUCUGUCAGUGUAUAGCGAGAAUGCAGUGGAUGUAUUUGACGUCAACACUAUGGAGUGGAUUCAAACGAUGCCUUUGAAAAAUGUUCAUCCUCUAAACGCAGACGGCUCCCUAAACCUGCUGGGGCUGGAGACCGUACGGCUCAUCUACUUUAAAAACAAGACAGCAGAGGGAGAUGAGCUGGUGGUGCCAGAGACAUCUGAUAACAGCCGUAAACAGAUGGUGCGCAGUGUGACGAGCAAACGCCGCUUUUCUUUCCGCGUGCCGGAGGAGGAGAGGGUUCUGCAGAGGAGGGAGAUGCUGAGAGACCCAGAAAUGAGGAAUAAGUUAAUUUCAAACCCAACAAACUUCAACCAUGUUGUUCAUAUGGGCCCGGGAGAUGGGAUCCAAAUCCUGAAAGAUCUGCCAAUGCCUGGUUCUCCUCUCCCCUCUCCUCGUCUGCGCCUCAUCUCCACCCCUACCAGCUUUGAGCAUGUCUAUCACAUGACUGUCACCUCUGCUGACAACUUCCUGUCCCAGGACUCCUCCCCUCUCUCCUCCCACUCCCUGUCCCUCAGCUCCGCCCCUGGGACCCCUGCUUCCAUCUGCUCUCUGAAUGUGCGCCCUCAGGAGAGCCGUGGUGUCCUGGGAGCAUCCGUUAGUAUCCCCUCCAUCAGCAAGGUCAGGCCUGAACCGGGACGAUCUAUGAGCGCCAGCAGUGGUCUUGGCACACGCUCCACCUCUCAAAAUGGCAGUGCAUUGAGACGGGACUUUUCAGUUGGCAACUACGGUUCCACCAAACGUCAGAUGACAUCACCCUCUGAUGGCUCGCUCUCAUCUGGAGGGGGCGUCGACUGCGGGGGUGACGCCCCUCUCUCCCAGUUUGACAGAGAGUGGCCAGGAGUGUCACCCACAGAGAAGACCCCUGAUCUGAAAAGGGCUUUAAGGACCCUGCUUAGUAAGCUAAAGGAUUCAGACUCGCCACGUCACUCCACGGCCUCCAACAGCUCCAACCUGAGCAGCCCACCAAGCCCUUCAUCCCCACAUAAGAGCAAGACUCAGUCUCUGGAGCGCGGCGAGCACCUCGGCUGGGAGACAUGAGCUAAGCCUCUGCACAUUUCUUUCUAAACAUCCUCUUCUACAACAGAGAGUCACGCAUUUAACCGAGACUCCUUAUACGUUAUUUUCCCAAACACACCGCUGGGGCCAGGUGUGUGUGUGUUUGCGUGUAUUAGUGUGCAUAUGCAUUACACAUGAUUGUUUUACACGCACAUUACCGUGCACCUUACAUCACUUUUGAGUGGACCCAUCGCCACUGUUUCUGUUCCUCUGUUGAAUGGGGGAACAGUCGACUGAGAGUAGCUCAACACUCACCGCCACAGGUGUGGAGGGGGUCGAAAAAGGCAAACACACAGCUUUAACGUAAAUUUAUCAGUGUUUGUUGACAACAGCAUCAAGUGUGCCUCAUUUAAUGCAAGAAAAAUAUGCAUUCGAAAGUCUUAAUUGAUCAGGGAGGGAUGUUAAUUUAACAUAUAACACUAACAUGGAAAACUGUUCCUGGCAUUCCAAUCAGUGUGAUAAAACGAGAACACUUCAAUUGAGUUGAGUCCCAAUAGAUAGAGCGCCCCCCAGUUGUGGCACUACUGUAUUACUCAGCUUCUACCCUCCAGUGCCAUGCCGACCUAAACAUUCAGAGGUCAGAGUUCAAGAAUAGAUUCUGAGUUCAAUAAUGUAAAUAGAGUUUAAGUAGAGUAUAAUAUAUAAUGAAAUCAUAACACUAUUCUGUUGUUAAAUAAGUGUGACUUGGCUUUGAGAGAGUCUUCUUUCCUUUUUAUUUUUCGUGUCAAUCAUGCAGACUUUUUAUGUAAAUCUAAGCAUUAUUUUGUCAAGAUAUGCUAGUCUUUUGUAAUUCCAUAAAUUCCAUUGUUGAGAUGAAAAGAUUUGCAAGGGAACACUACAAAAAAGUAUUGGGGCCUCAUUCAUGAAACACAAGGAGAACAAUAUAUUUGUGUAAAUCAUUCAUAAAGCCAUUCAUAUGUAUAUUUUGUCCACUUGUUUGUUGUUAACAUUAACAAGCCUGCAGUGAAAUCAUUCAUGUAGACAGUCAUGUGCACAUUGUUGUAUUGAAUGGUAAAAACCAUUCUUGUUUAAAGGUGAAAUUGCUCAUAAAUUCUGCAACAUUUCACGUUGAAUUGAAAAUAUUUAACAUUUAACAAACAACUGAUAUAUGAAUGUUUUCUAAGAACGAUUUACACAAAUUCAAUCUGCUGUUAUUUCAUGAAUGUUGUUUCAUUGUGUGCAAGAUCCAACGUUAAGAGAAAUCAAGAUAUGUGUACAUUGCUAAAUACAUGAACUCUCCAAACACAUACAAUCACACGUGAUCAUUAAUAAGCUGUUGUGCUGAAUGUAACAGAUUCACUGCAGCCUUGUUUAUGUUAGUCUUGCCUACAUUUGUGCUUCACGAAGCAAUAAUGCUGUUUCCAAAGAGUUUUUAUUCUUUAAUUAUUCAUAUUAAUUAUUCUUUUAGUAUUUUGUUUUAUUUUCAGUGUUUUUUUCCAACUCGCAAGAACCAAAUUUUGCCUAAAGUGUACAUGUGAAUACAUGUAAUGUAAGCUAUACCACUAGUUUCAGAGCAUUUAAUGUUUGUGUGACAUGGAAAAACACUAAACUCAUCAGGUGAAGCAUUCAAAGGGCUUCAACGCUUUGCCUCUAACACUUCCUGCAGCUCAUAAUGACACAGCAGGGACUACAAGGACCAGCAGGAGAUUAGGUCAUUUGAUAUUGAAAUGAAUUCAGCAAGGACGUACAAAAAAGCUGCUGUUUUAAAUGUGCAGGGCCAGACUAUCAAACAUCCCUGAACCUCAAAAUACCUCAGAUUAGAGAGCCAAGCCAUUACGACUUAACAGAACCUCAUCACUGCGACAAUUUUAGCUGUCCCUCUGUCCAAUUUCAUGCACUAAAUGGGCAUGUAUUAUUCACACGCACUACUGCUCGCUUUUGCAAAGCAUAUUUAUGUCAGAUUUGCUAAAAUGAGAAAUGGAUUUCAGCCAUUCCUUUAAAACAAAUUUUGCAGAUGCAGAAGAUUGUACAUCUGUACGCUGUUCAGAAUUCCCAAAUAUUCUAGGUUGUUCCUAGGAAAAGCUCACUUGAAUAUAAAAAUGUAUAUCAUUUACUCACCCACAUGUUGUUCUAAACCUUUGAUUAAAUUUCUCCUGUGAAAGUGAUGUUUAGGAGGAAAUGUUCAUGCGGUUCUUUUCCAUGCAAUGCAGGAAUAUAUACAUAGUAUAUGUAUAUAUUUCUUCAUACUUGCGUCAAUGUCUGAUGUUAAAAUUGCUGACAUUAAAAACACAUUGCAGUUCACAGUUGCUGAAUAUAAUGCUAAAAAUAUGAUAAAAAGAGAAAAUCAUAUGGGUUUGUAAUGACAGCUUUUUAAUUUUUGAGUGAGCUUUUAAUGUUUGCUGAAAUAAAUGAGUGAACUCAGUAUUGAAGCACACACAAUACAGAAAUAGUUAAGGUUUGUGCACAUGUACCUGUGGUUUUAUUAAUUCUAGUAUUGCCAGCAUUUUCUAUUUUCCAUUAUAUGCAAGCACUAUUGAAACCUUCACUGUGGACCAGUCCAACAAACUCGGCACAUGUUUUUAAAUCAAGCGCUCACUCUUGCAAUCUUUGUGGUAUUGCUCGGGACCUUAGUUAUGCAUUUGCUCUAUUCCAUGAUCAUGUUUAUUUCUAAACAGAAACUAAUAUUCAUAAUACAGGUUGUAACGGGUUAGAAACAAUUUGCCAGGGUUAUGGUAUUAACAUGAACAGGAAACCUGUUUGAAAUGAUCUCAGGUAUGUCAGAACCAAUGAUUAUAAUGUUUGCAUGGAGGAUCAAGAUUGUAGAAAUGACAGACAUCCAAAUCUAUCGGUUGUUUGAUAUUUAGGACUGUUACUUAGCAAUGAAUAGAUCAAUAUUAGAGCGGGAGGUGCCUUAGUUUUUUUUAGAUCGGUGUGAACUGGUCAAUGUAGGUAGAAUGAACUAGAAUGAGAGGAGACGACUGGAGAUUUUUAAGACACAUUCACACAUUUGCAUGCAUUUCACGUGAGGAUCUUGUUUGCCUUGUUAGUGAAUUGCUACUUCAUAUCAUAUCGUUGUUUCUUCUUCUUGAUUUUGAUUUUUGUAAGACUAUGUACAGAUUUGCAUGUCAUAGGUGUAAUCACUUGUUUUAAGAACUGUACGGCUGGAUUUUUUUUUUUUUGUUGGUUUUAUUUUUAUUGUAUUUUAUUGACCUGUGUGGCGUGAAUGGUUGGGAUGUGAAAAUGAAUUACCCCAUACUGCAAUGUAGACCUUUUUCUUUUUCUUUUUUUUUGCACAAAUGUAUUUAAAGUGGAAUACUGUUGUUUGGACACCACUUUUCACAUGGAAAGCUCAUUAUCUGACUAUUUCAAUAAAAUGGGGAACUACAAAACAC